AUGCUUGGCUGGAUGCUGGGGCGCGGAGACCACGCGCCGGACGCGGUCGACGGCGACACAGCCCUACUCGAUCAGCCAGACACUCCCGCUCCCGUCUUUGCAGCCAGAUCCCUGAAGAGCGCGCUCUUCGGCACACCAAUUCGAGAUGCACAACGAUCGUCGCGGGAUAGGAGAGCAGCAAAGUCAGCAUCUGUAACGGCAGAGCAUGGCCUGGAUACUCCGUUGAAGCCGCCGCCGCCGGGCAUCCUGCUGACGCCUGGUACCGGAACGUCGAGACCAAAACGCGUGUCAUUCAACCAUGAGCUCGCUACGACCAAGACCAUCUCGCCGAAUAACGAAGGACCUGUAGUCGGAAAGAGAACCCGCCUCUCCGAUGUGCUCGAAAAGGCGAGGCGGAAAAGCACCACCAACGUAUCCAAAACAAUCACGCCCCAAAUCGUCAAGGACGAGUCGGAUGAGGAGGACUGGGAAGAAGAGGAACAUGACGACCUCGGGGAUUUUGGCGCCAACGACGUAACCCUGGACUUGAACGAGCCACGAUCCCAGUCUGGCAUAUAUUGGAAAGAAGAGUUCGAGAAAUACCACCGAGAGGCACGAGCGGAGAUGGAGAAGCUUUUGAAAUACAAGAAACAUCUGAAGUCCUACGCGGAAGAGAAAGACUUGGAAGCUAUCCACCUGGCCCAGAAGCUCAAAGAGGAGCAGGAAAAGGUUGCUGCCAUGGAGAAGAAGCUGGCGGAGAGCGCAAACCCAACGAUGUCGAAAAGGAAAGGCGAGAUACUGGAAGCCUCGACAACUGUCACAGACUCGAACGCCCUGGUGACCCAACUCCGACGUAGGAUCCGGGAAUUGGAGGCAGGAGUGCCUGAAGAGCCGGAGGACGACGACGAAGCGAGAGAGUGGAGGCGGCUUCAAGGAGCGACGUCCCCAAACACGGCAAGAACUCUGCUCGAGACGCAGCGAGAACUGCGACGAUCCCGGGCGCAGUUGAAGGAACUGGACGCCUUACGAGGCCAGGUAUCCUCACUCAAGGCUCAGUUAAAAGUUGCCGAACAGCGCAAAGCUACGGAUUACAUUGCCAAAGACGAUGUGUCUGACACGACAAAGAUGAGGGAGCUCAAGGCGCAGCUUCGGUUAGCAAAGGAAGAAUCGGCGAGAAAGGACGCUGAGUUUGCGCAGCUGAAACAAGACUUUGAUCUUUUCCGAAAAGAGAGCAAUGCUCACGAGGCUGAUACAAAGGCCGUUCUCGAGCGCGCGCAAACCAAGAUUUCGGAUCUGAAGAAGGAGCUCAAGACCUUGAAGAACAAGGGCACUGCGGAUGAAGCUCGAUCAAGAGGCCGGAAUCACACAUCAGGGGGCGGCAAGGUGCCAAGGGACAGCGAGGACGAGGACGUCCUGCCAAGGCUACCCGCCGUGACAAACGGUACGCGGAGGAGUAUCGACGUGGCUGAUCUUGAGCAGCCCAGACAUCUGUUUGAAGGGGCCAACUCGAAGUCUCGGACGUUACGGGAUAAGUACCAGACUGACAGCACGCCGGGUCAGUCCCGAGCAAUGGCCAAGCCGAGAGGCGCAGUCGAGUCAUCGGGCGACCGCCUCAACGCUGAUAAGUCAAAAUGGCCAUUUCUGGCGCCUAAGCAGCCGAGAGAUCGAAUCUCCGUCAGCGAGGCCGCGCCGAUCGUCUCGGAUGAAGACGAUACUGCCCCCCUUCCCAGCAUAUCAACCGUGGUAAAGCCCACGGCUCAGAUCAAGAAAUCGGCUUCAACGGAGGACGAUACAGACGUCCAGAUUGACCUUUUGCAAGAUCGCUUUGCCCGGCUAGGCGGUCCCGACACAGCUGAACAUAGGUUGAAGGACGUGUCCAAGACGAACAACAUGAAGGGGCUGUUGCCGCCUGAGCGACGGGCGGCCGCGCUGGCUCGGAUCGAGAAGAGGAUGGCCGAGAAGAGGGCGAAGCGACGAGAUGGACUGGACAAGGAGAAUGUCAGGCCGUAA